UAGCACUGCAGAACCCUUUCGCCUCUCUCUCCAAGAUGACAACCAAAUGCCUCGGUUUCCUUUUAGUUCUUCUUUUGCUCAACUCUACAUUUCUUGCAGCAGGAGCUCGACAUUUUGAUAUAACUAAGCAUCGCAACUUGUGUCGUGGAGCAUUUGAGGGUUUCUCUGAUGGCUUAUGUCUCGGAUCGAUCAAGGGAUCGGGUCCUAGCCCUGGUCAAGGGAACAAGUUCACCGACCAGCGUACUCUUGGAGGAAGAAAGGUUUCCGGCCCUAGCCCUGGCGUGGGAAACAAAUUUACCACCGUUGAUACACUUGGAGGGAUUAAGGAUUCUGGCCCUAGCCCUGGUACAGGAAACUCAUUUACGAAUGCAGAUAUACUUGGAGGGAUAAAGGCCGGCCCGAGCCCUGGUACAGGAAAUAAAGCUACCAAUGUCAAGACCUUGGGAGGGAUUAAGAACUCAGGGCCAAGUCCCGGUACCGGAAACAAGCUUACAGAUAACAUACAUCAAUGACUAUUCUGUUAUCUACGUAGACCAAGAAAAAUUCUUUAUUUUUUUUAAUUUUUGAUAAUUUACAGUGCUUCUAUCUACCAUAUCUGUCACUCUGUUAGUAUAUACUCACAUAUCAAAUCAUUAUUCAAAUGUGAUUCGUUUCUUUCUCAUUACAUUGUCAGAUAUGACGGUCAUUCAGUCAUCAUAUAUAUGGGUGACUUGGGAAGUUGAUGUAUGUGUGGUUCUGUAUUUAUC